UUUCAUGGCAGAUGGAUGGAGGUGGCCGCUACGCUAUCGACGACGCCGCCGACAAAAUCCACCUGUACAGACGUGCAGCAGAGGCCAGCAGAGCGUGAAUUCCCCCUCCUCGCGUUUAACUUUCCCACCCUUUAUAACCACCACCACCUCCCACUCCCACCUCACCUCCCGCCCUCUCUCACCUCCAGCUCCGAGAAAGCCCAGCCGACCGACGGAUCGAUCGCCGUGGCCGCUGCGACGAUGGUGACGGUGGCGGGGGGCGAGGACCAGGAGGCGGUGCCGCGGGUGGUCUCGAUCCUGUCGGCGCUGCUGGAGCGCGUGGCGGAGCGAAACGACGUCGUCGCGGCGGUGGAGCGGCGCAUACGGGAGGAGGAUGAGCACGACGUCGAUGACGACCCAGAAGAGGAUGUCAAGAAGACCAAGAAGAAGAAGGCGGUGUCGGCGUUCCAGGGGCUGACGAAGCCGGCCAUCUCCGUCGGCGGGUACCUGGAGCGCAUCUUCCGCUUCGCCGGAUGCAGCCCGUCCUGCUACGUCGUCGCCUACAUCUACCUCGACCGCUUCCUGCGCCGCCGCCCGGCCCUCGCCGUCGACUCCUUCAACGUCCACCGCCUCCUCAUCACCUCCGUCCUCACCGCCGUCAAGUUCGUCGACGACAUAUGCUACAACAACGCCUACUUCGCGAGGGUGGGAGGGAUCAGCCUGAUGGAGAUGAACUACCUGGAGGUGGACUUCCUCUUCGGCGUCGCCUUCGACCUCAACGUCACGCCGGCCACCUUCGCCUCCUACUGCUCCGUGCUGCAGACCGAGAUGGCCUACCUCGAGCACCCGCCGCCGUCACCCAUCGACGCCGUCUCCCCCCGCUUGAUGCAGCACUACUUACCGGAGCAGGAUCAAGUCGACGCCACCGCCGCCACGAGCUGCCACCGCCACAAGCAGCAGCUGCAGCUCACUGUCUGAUCCAUCGAUCGAGCUCUUCUUUCUUCUUUCUUCUUUCUUCUUUCUUCUUCUUCUUUUUUGUCCUUGCGGUGUCAGCUAUCUUGGCCUCUCUCUCUUUUUUUCACCGUUCUUGGUACAUAGGUGUUGGUUAGUUAGGACGGAUUUCGCCAUUGUUGGAAGGAGGAUCAAUCAUGAAUGGAAGCACGGAUCGGAUUGGGAUUGUGCCCCAUUGUUUAA